AUGCGGCUCUGGAGUUGGGUGCUGCGCCUGGGGCUGCUGAGCGCCGCGCUGGGCUGCGGGCUGGCCGAGCGCCCCCGCCGGGCCCGGAGAGACCCGCGGGCCGGCCGCCCCCCGCGCCCCGCCGCCGGCCCGGCCACCUGCGCCACCCGGGCGGCCCGCGGCCGCCGCGCCUCGCCGCUGCCGCCGCCGCCGCCGCCGCCGGGCGGUGCCUGGGAAGCCGUGCGCGUCCCCCGGCGGCGGCAGCAGCGGAAGGCGAGGGGCGCCGCCGAGGAGCCGAGCCCGCCGAGCCGGGCGCUCUAUUUCAGCGGGCGCGGCGAGCAGCUGCGCCUCCGGGCCGACCUCGAGCUGCCCCGGGACGCGUUCACGCUGCAAGUGUGGCUGCGAGCGGAGGGGGGCCAGAGGUCCCCGGCGGUGAUCACAGGGCUGUAUGACAAAUGUUCUUACACCUCCCGAGACCGAGGAUGGGUCGUGGGCAUUCACACUGUCAGUGAUCAAGGCAACAGAGACCCACGCUACUUUUUCUCCUUGAAGACAGACCGGGCCCGGCAAGUGACCACCAUCAAUGCCCACCGCAGCUACCUCCCAGGCCAGUGGGUAUACCUAGCUGCCACCUAUGACGGCCGGCUGAUGAAGCUCUAUGUGAACGGUGCCCAGGUGGCCACCUCUGGGCAGCAAGUGGGUGGCAUAUUCAGCCCGCUGACCCAGAAGUGUAAAGUGCUCAUGUUAGGAGGCAGUGCUCUGAAUCACAAUUUCCGGGGCUACAUCGAGCACUUCAGUCUGUGGAAGGUGGCCAGGACUCAGCAGGAGAUACUGUUGGACAUGGAAACCCAUGGUCUCCACACCCCUCUACCUCAGCUCCUCCUCCAGGAGAACUGGGACAAUGUGAAGCGCACUUGGUCCCCCAUGAAGGACGGCCACAGCCCCCGAGUGGAAUUCAGCAAUGCCCAUGGCUUCCUGCUGGACACGAGUUUGGAGCCCCCUCUGUGUGGGCAGACACUGUGUGACAACACAGAGGUCAUUGCCAGCUACAACCAGCUCCCGAGUUUCCGCAGGCCCAAGGUGGUGCGCUACCGCGUGGUCAACCUUCACGACGACGACCACGAGAACCCCACGGUGAGCCACCAGCAGGUGGACUUCCAGCACCAGCAGCUGGCCGAGGCCUUCAAGCACUACAACAUCUCCUGGGAGCUGGAGGUGCUGGCGGUGAACAACUCCUCCCUGCGCCAGCGCCUCAUCCUGGCCAACUGUGACAUCAGCAAGAUUGGGGAUGAGAACUGUGACCCCGAGUGCAACCACACGCUGACCGGCCACGACGGCGGGGACUGCCGCCACCUGCGCCACCCUGCCUUCAUGAAGAAGCAGCAGAAUGGCGUGUGUGACAUGGACUGCAACUACGAACGGUUCAACUUCGAUGGCGGGGAAUGCUGUGACCCCGAAAUCACUGAUGUCACCAAGACGUGCUUUGAUCCAGACUCUCCACACAGAGCCUACUUGGAUGUUAAUGAACUGAAGAACAUUCUCAGAUUGGAUGGAUCAACACACCUCAAUAUUUUCUUUGCAAAUUCUUCAGAGGAGGAGCUGGCAGGGGUAGCGACAUGGCCAUGGGAUAAGGAGGCUCUUAUGCACUUAGGUGGCAUUGUCUUGAACCCCUCUUUCUACGGCAUUCCUGGGCACACCCACACCAUGAUCCAUGAGAUCGGGCACAGCCUGGGCCUCUAUCACAUCUUCCGAGGCAUCUCAGAGAUCCAGUCCUGCAGUGACCCCUGCAUGGAGACAGAGCCCUCCUUUGAGACUGGAGACCUCUGCAACGACACCAACCCAGCCCCCAAACACAAGUUUUGCGGCGACCCAGGACCAGGAAAUGAUACCUGUGGCUUUCAUAGCUUCUUCAACACUCCUUUCAACAACUUCAUGAGCUAUGCAGAUGACGACUGUACAGACUCCUUCACGCCCAAUCAAGUCGCCAGAAUGCACUGUUACCUGGACUUGGUGUACCAGAGCUGGCAGCCCUCCAGAAAGCCGGCGCCUGUGGCCCUUGCGCCCCAGGUUGUGGGCCACACCACGGACUCAGUGACGCUGGAGUGGUUCCCACCCAUCGAUGGCCACUUCUUUGAAAGAGAAUUGGGAUCAGCAUGUGACCUUUGCCUGGAAGGGAGAAUCCUGGUGCAGUAUGCCUUCAACGCCUCCUCUCCAAUGCCCUGUGGCCCAUCGGGACACUGGAGCCCUCGGGAAGCAGAAGGUCAUCCAGAUGUGGAACAGCCCUGUAAGUCCAGUGUCCGCACCUGGAGCCCAAAUUCAGCUGUCAACCCUCACACAGUCCCUCCAGCCUGCCCUGAGCCACAAGGCUGCUACCUCGAGCUGGAAUUCCGGUACCCCUUAGUCCCCGAGUCUCUGGCUAUCUGGGUGACCUUUGUCUCCUCUGACUGGGACUCUAGUGGAGCUGUCAAUGACAUCAAACUGUUGACUGUCAGUGGAGCGAACAUCUCCCUGGGCCCUCAGAAUGUUUUCUGUGACAUCCCACUGACCAUCAGACUCCAGGAUGUGGGCGAGGAGGUGUAUGGCAUCCAGAUCUACACGUUGGAUGAACAUCUGGAGAUCGAUGCUGCCAUGCUGACCUCCAUUGCAGACAGCCCACUCUGCCUGGAGUGUAAGCCUCUGCAGUAUAAGGUGGUCCGGGACCCUCCUCUCCAGGAGGACGUGGCAUCUCUCCUGCACUUCAAUAGAAGAUUCAAAGACAUGGAUCUAAAACUUGGCAGUACUUACCAAUACCAGGUUGUCACCAUUUCGGGAAAUGAAGAAAGUGAGCCAUCACCUACUGCCAUAUACAUUCACGGGAGUGGAUACUGUGGCGAUGGCAUUAUCCAGAAAGGCCAAGGUGAAGAAUGUGACGACAUGAAUAAGAUCAAUGGUGAUGGUUGCUCCCUUUUCUGCCAGCAAGAAGUCUCCUUCAAUUGCAUUGAUGAACCCAGCCGGUGCUAUUUCCAUGAUGGGGAUGGGGUGUGUGAAGAGUUUGAACAAAAAACUAGCAUUAAAGACUGUGGCGUCUACACACCUCAGGGGUUCCUGGAUCAGUGGGCAUCCAAUGCUUCAGUGUCUCAUCAAGACCAACAGUGCCCGGGCUGGGUUGUCAUCGGACAGCCAGCAGCAUCCCAGGUGUGUCGAACCAAGGUGAUAGAUCUCAGUGAGGGAAUUUCCCAGCAUGCCUGGUACCCUUGCACCAUCAGCUAUCCAUACUCCCAGCUGGCUCAGACCAAUUUCUGGUUGCAGGCAUAUUUCUCUCAGCCAAUGGUUGCUGCAGCUGUCAUUGUCCACCUGGUGACCGAUGGGACAUAUUAUGGGGACCAAAAACAAGAGACCAUCAGUGUGCAGCUGCUUGAUACCAAAGAUCAGAGCCACGAUCUAGGCAUCCAUGUCCUGAGCUGCAGGAACAAUCCCCUGAUUAUCCCUGUGGUCCAUGACCUCAGCCAGCCCUUCUACCACAGCCAGGCCGUCCGUGUGAGCUUCAGUUCGCCCCUGGUCGCCAUCUCGGGGGUGGCCCUCCGCUCCUUCGACAACUUUGACCCCGUCACCCUGAGCAGCUGCCAGAGAGGGGAGACCUACAGCCCUGCGGAGCAGAGCUGUGUGCACUUCGCCUGUGAGGCCUCUGACUGCCCAGAGCUGGCCGUGGAGAAUGCUCUUCUCAAUUGCUCCAGCAGUGACCGCUACCAUGGGGCCCAGUGCACUGUGAGCUGCCAGACAGGCUAUGUGCUCCAGAUACAGCGGGAUGAUGAGCUGAUCAAGAGCCAGAUGGGACCCAGCGUCACAGUGACCUGCACAGAGGGCAAGUGGAGUAAGCAGGUGGCAUGUGAGCCAGUAGACUGCGGCACCCCAGACCACCAUCACGUCUACGCGGCUUCCUUCUCCUGUCUCGAGGGCACCACCUUUGGCAGCAGAUGCUCCUUUCAGUGCCGUCACCCUGCUCAGCUGAAAGGCAACAACAGCUUCCUGACCUGUAUGGAGGACGGGCUGUGGUCCUUCCCAGAGGCCCUGUGCGAGCUCAUGUGCCUGGCUCCGCCCCCAGUGCCCAACGCAGACCUCCAGACGGCCCGGUGCCGGGAGAACAAGCACAAAGUGGGCUCCUUCUGCAAGUAUAAGUGUAAACCUGGGUACCACGUGCCUGGCUCCUCUCGGAAGUCAAAGAAACGGGCCUUCAAGACUCAGUGUACCCAGGAUGGCAGCUGGCAGGAGGGAGCUUGCGUGCCUGUGACCUGCGACCCACCUCCGCCCAAGUUCCACGGGCUCUACCAGUGCACUAAGGGCUUCCAGUUCAACAGCGAGUGCAGGAUCAAGUGCGAAGACAGUGACACCUCCCAGGGACGUGGGAGUAACAUCAUCCACUGCCGGAAAGAUGGCACCUGGAGCGGCUCCUUCCACCUCUGCCGGGAGAUGCAAGGCCAGUGCUCGGCCCCGAACCAGCUCAACAGCAACCUCAAACUGCAGUGCCCUGACGGCUAUGCCAUAGGGUCAGAGUGUGCCACCUCGUGCCUGGACCACAACAGCGAGUCCAUCAUCCUGCCCACAAACGUGACCGUGCGUGACAUCCCCCACUGGCUGAACCCCACACGAGUGGAGAGAGUUGUCUGCACUGCUGGUCUCAAGUGGUAUCCUCAUCCUGCUCUGAUUCACUGUGUCAAAGGCUGUGAGCCCUUCAUGGGAGACAAUUACUGUGAUGCCAUCAACAACCGAGCCUUCUGCAACUAUGAUGGUGGGGAUUGCUGCACUUCCACGGUGAAGACCAAAAAGGUCACCCCUUUCCCUAUGUCCUGCGACCUACAAGGUGACUGUGCUUGUCGGGACCCUGAGGCCCAAGAACAUAGCCGGAAAGACCUCCGGGGAUACAGCCAUGGCUAAGGAAGGACGAGGAGUUUUCAAAGAAUUCCCAACGCCAGGACCUACAUCCCUUUGGUAUUGAUUUCACAGUCCGCUGCUCAAUGGAAUGGCCUCUCCACGCCAGGGAUCCUUAGCACCCAACCGGUCUGCCUUUAAUUUCACCCAGGAAGGACUCAGAGUGUGGCGAAUGAACCAAGUCUCGCCAUGUUGAAUGAUGGAAUGGAAUCCCAUCCCAAAAUCUGAGCUGGAUUGCAUAUGCAGUGUGCAGUCCCAGAGCCUCCUAAAAUUCUAACCAUUUGUCACAUGACCACAGCAAAAACAUGUUCUGUAUCUAGGAGUAUGCACAUCUGUGGUUAGUACACAUGCAUGCAUACACACCCAUACAAACAUCUGUGUGAGGGCAGUUCUGGAGACUGAGCAGAAAGAGACUGGAACAAACUCAGUCUUUCCUUUCCCAAGCUCCUAGCCAACACUAUUCUUGGGAGAAAGAGAGUUACAGAAACUGCUAAGACCAAGUACUGAGAUGCCAAGAUAGCUCACACCCCGGGGCUCGGAAUAUGUACCGCAUGCACAAUUGUGCAGUCCUUUGGGAUUGGAAGUGAAAUGUUCUGUGAUCACUGACCUUCUAGGGAACUAGGGCCUAGGAAGAGGUAAAGAUUCCAAGGUAUGCAAAGCCUCCCCAAUUCUUCUGCUGCCAUGGGGAUUUUACCCCAACUCAAGGGUUCGAGGCCAAGCUGGAAAUGGCUUAGGGCUGCAAAGUCAAGGUAUUAUACCAGCCCCCCCGCUUGAGGCUUGAGGUCAUAUAAGAUCCCUCCACAUCCCACCUGUUACCCCGAUCUUGCCUUGGGACCACAUUUGCUGCUACUUUUCCUGCUGCUCUAUCUUAUACAUUAAGUACCCCAAGAUGGUAGAACUAGGUUAGGAAAAACCCCACACAACCAAACAGUCUGCCUUAAAAAUGACCCUUGUUUUCCCACAGUUCCUCACUUAGCCCUUCUCCAAAAGAACAAAACCCUCAUGGGCUCACAUGGUGAGAAGUUAGGGACCUCAGAUGCUGGAGCCCUCCUUGAUAAUCCAGAAUGUCUAAGCCAGUGUUAGAUUUUGUGAUCAAGUGGAACAGUGUUAAACUUCUGGGAUGUGGGAGUCACCCAGGGACUAGGAAUUGUCAGUACUGUUCGGUUCUUAUGUCUCUCCUUGUCUUCCUAGCCCUUCAGGCUAGAGUCGGCAUUGGUCCUGAGACCCUCACUGUUGUUCUGAGUAGAUAGAAUUCUGGAACAGAGAAUUGGACGUGAUCAGUGGACUGUGUUCUACAGGGCAAUCAGAACGAAGCGCAAAAGAUCACAGCCUCAGUACCCAAUGUGGUCAUCAGGUUUUCUAUAUAAUUUUCCAGCCAUCAGGACUCCUUCCCAAACCUGUGAAUGGACAACCCUUCCCUCUCUUCCAUGUUUAGCUUCCAAAAGUUAAAAGGAAAUCAGCCAAUUGAACAUGGAAGUCCCCACCUCUCUUAGGGCCUCUUUGCCUCUUUCCAGUCAGUUACCUGUCCAUGCCCUUUGAAGUAGUUUGGGCAGAUACUCAUACAGGAUGGAGAAAUGGAGACAGUGGUUAAAUCUAAAAUAUUUUCUGAAACCUGGAACUGGGAAGUAAGGAGAUGGGGGUGUUUAAACUAAUUAUAUCACAUAGAGAUUACUGUGAAUCAAGUGAUCUCAAGUCUAGUGAAGACAACCAACAAAAGCAAAGUCUAGGACAGAAAUGGAAAACACCGGGCAUAUGUGCGGCCCCUCCUAAUUCCUGUUUCCGAGGCAGGUAUUAUUAAUCCAUUAUGUCCCCUUUUCCUAUUGGGACCAAAAAUAACUUCGGAAACUCUUAUUUUAUCACUCCCAACAGCAAUUACCUGCUGAUUAAGAACACUUAAAAAGGCAUCUAUUGGCCAUCUGUGGUCUGUUAUAUUAAGAAACAUAUCUAGGUGCUUUUUGCACAGGUGCCCACAGAUGCAGUGUGGAGUUUUUUACGAACUCUGAGAAUGAAUUCCAGAAUGGAGAGGCUGCCACCACUGUGCAGGCCAAGCUCCAAUCCUUUAUAUGUCCUCCUUUUAAAACCAUAUCGUCACAUUUAUAUUGAGGAAUUUUUUAAUUACCAGGGCCAAUCCUUAGCAAAAAAAAACCAAAAAACAAAAAACCCAAAAUAGUAAUAAUAAUAAUAAGAAUACUAGAAGAAUUGGCCUUACUCUGUACCUGCUCCUUAUCUUAGAACUCUUAUCAACUCCUAGGGCCCCUCUCUUGCCCCAGAUGAAUUAGCAAACUGAGGUGUUCGUUUAGAAGGUCUGAGCUAAGAAAGGUAAUAGGGCCAGCCCUUCCAGAGGCUAAAUUCCACCCAUAAGCAAUAGAAAAAACUCUGAAAACCCAAAAUGGCAUUACUAAUGAUGGGACUGCGGGAACCAUGGCGCAACCUCACCAGCUUCCCUUAUGCCCGUCCUAGUCUGAUUUCUACCUUCACUGUCGUCCAUCCCCGGAUUCUCCAAAUGAGCACAGAUUCCCAGAAGCUGGCGCUGUCCUCAAAUCCUCACAUUCACUUGAGUCCUCUGGGUAAAGACCCACCCAGACUUCUCCUUACCGUCAUUCAAAGUCGUUCUGUGCAGAGUACAUUAGGCAAAAGAGGCUGCUCGAUUGGUGACCAGCCACAUGAAAUGUGUAAUUAGACUCUUCUCCAACCUUCCUGGAGGCAUCGGCUCUAUUGGUGCAACGCAGUGCACUGAUUCCCAGUUCCAUUUCCUCCCUGGGAAUAAACUCCUUGUCACGUCCCUUUAGUCAUCUGCUUGGGACAAUGGCGUACUUGUGAGGAGGUGACUCUGAGGCACUGUUAUAUAUCCACAGUUCAGGGGCCCUAAAACACUUAGGAGUUCUGCAUCCAAAGAAGUAUUAGCCUGUUAGCAGCAAGAAAGAGAAGGUGAGGGGGACAGUUCUCUAAGCCUGUCCCGGGAAGUCUUUCCAAGCCACACCUUAACUGCCUGCCCGGAAGACUUGCAUUAUCCCCAAAUUCUGUGCCAACAAUCUCAUAGGGAAUCCAGUCCUCGGAAGUCAGUUUGGGUUGGUGAGUGGGGUGUAAAGGAAGGGAGAGAUUAACAUCAAUAGCAGACCUUUGGAGACGGAGGGUAUCAGCUGCUACUUUUGGCUUCAGCACAUUGGGUCACUGCCUAAAUAGUUCUCUUGGUCUUAUUCCCACCUUGGCCAAUGCUUAAAUGUUAUUUGUUGAAAAUAAUUCUUUGAGACAGAUUUCAGCUACCUCCCUUCCAGGUUUGAUUUAACUUGGUUGUAACUGUCAAUUUGUUAUAGGUCUUACCUGUGUUUAAAAAGAAAUAAAGAAAAAAAAGAAAGAAAGUAAGUAAGUAAGAGG